AUGCCCGAGGUUUUGCGCCACGUUACGUUCAGUGGACGGCUUGUGAUGCCCAAAAAAGAUGCCUUGCAGCAGAAUUGGCGUGACAACAUAAUAAAAGUUUGUUUUUAUAUUUUUUGUGCUAGUUUUCAAUAUAAUACCAUCAGGCGUUGAUUUACAUGGUUCUUGACAUUUCUAUUGUGCUUGCUGUGUCUAUUAUGCUUUUUUAUUGGUUUGCCGGGUGAGUGUCUCUGAAUUGAUUCAAUUUAUUUUCAAUUUUUCUAGAAAAGCUGUUGCCCCUUACCAACGUCCAUUUCCAUGUGGUGACGACUCAUUGAAAAGACCAUUCAAGCCAAAUACUGUCGGACUAAAGGUUUAAGCUAUAAUCACAUUACUUCAAGUAAACUGGGAGUUCAGCAUUUGUUGGCCAUUUCGCUUGGCUCACCAUUUUUUGUCAUUGUGAUCGUGGAAGGGAUAUUGUUCUAUAAAUCACUUGUAAGUUGUACCUAAAUAGUGCAGGUAUAUCAUUUGAUUCCAGGGCAUCAAUCGGCUCUCCAAGUUUUUCGCAACGACGACUUUGGUUUAUAUGAAGUACCUGCUGACGUAUGCCCUGUGUACUUUUAUCAUGGAAUACCUUAAGUGCAGGUGCGUGUAGUUUCUAUAAUUUAACUGAAAAAUUUUUUGCAGUGUUGGCCGCAUGCGUCCUCAUUUCGUGGAAGUUUGCAAUCCUGAUUGGAAAAACAUCAAAUGCGACUCUUUGGAUAAAAUCAUCCAGCGUUGGUUUUUUACCUAAGUUUUUUGAAUGGAUAGUUCGAUCAAUUAAUCCUGAAAAAAGCGGGAAGAAAAUUUCUUAAGCUUGCCAGAAAAGCGUUUUUUUCAAGGAAUUAUUAUUUUAAUUAUUAUUCUAAUUAGGAAAUCUUCCUAUUAAAGAUACAUUUUACAGCGGAAGACAUGAUUUGCACCAAUCCCGACAAACAUCGCAUUCGUACUGCACGCACAUCUUUCCCUUCAGGACACACUGCUGCUGCUUUCCAUCUUCUCAUUUUCCUUUUUAUUUAUCUCAACAGGUAAUACAUACCUAUUAAACAAAAAUAUGUGUAUCUUCAAUUUUUAACUUCAGAAUGAGUUCUCACACUCGUGUUGCUGAAAUUUCGUUUUUCCGUUGGCUAGUUCUUCCCACCUACACUGUUUGGACACUUUUUACUGCGAUUACACGUGUCACCGAUUUUUGGCAUUUCCCGACAGACGUUUUGGGUUAGUCGUCUUUUAAAAGUUUGAAAUACCACCGACUCUUUGUGCUUUUUGAUUAGCACAUGACAAAAAAAUAUUAAAAACCCCAGUCGGAUAAAAUUGGAAAAAAAGGAAAAAAAUUGAAAUAAAAAUUUUUUUGAUUCUUUUUUUCAUUUUUCGAACUUUUGUUGAGUUCGGUCCGAUCAAUUUUUGAAGAGCCGAAGGAUGAGCCCAAAUCUUUUUUUGUGGGGGAAAAAGAUUUUUUUAAACUCUGCUGUUAAAAAAAUUAACUAAAAAGAUUUUUAAGGGGGAAUUAUUUUGGCUGCCUGCUGCGUGAUCCCGGUCUUUUUCACUUCCUGGCGCUCAACUUCUGAAAUCUACGCCCCGAGAGACAUCGUGCCUGACGACUCCAUCAAACUCGACUAA